GCGCGCGGGGAGCCCGGAGCCCGGCCCUGCGCUCGGCUCGGCUCGCCUCGCGGCGGGCGCCCUCGUCGCCAGCGGCGCACCAUGGACGGGCUGCCCGGGAGGGCGCUGGGGGCCACCUGCCUUCUGCUGCUGGCGGCCGGCUGGCUGGGGCCCGAGGCCUGGGGCUCGCCCACGCCCCCGCCGUCGCCGGCCGCGCCGCCGCCGCCGCCCCCGCCGCCCGGAGCCCCGGGAGGCUCGCCGGACACCUGCACGUCGUGCGGCGGCUUCCGGCGGCCCGAGGAGCUGGGCCGGGUGGACGGCGACUUCCUGGAGGCGGUGAAGCGGCACAUCUUGAGCCGCCUGCAGAUGCGGGGCCGGCCCAACAUCACGCACGCCGUGCCCAAGGCCGCCAUGGUCACGGCCCUGCGCAAGCUGCACGCGGGGAAGGUGCGCGAGGACGGCCGCGUGGAGAUCCCGCAUCUCGACGGCCACGCCAGCCCAGGCGCCGACGGCCAGGAGCGCGUCUCCGAGAUCAUUAGCUUCGCCGAGACAGAUGGCCUCGCCUCCUCCCGGGUCCGCCUGUACUUCUUCAUCUCCAACGAGGGCAACCAGAACCUGUUCGUGGUCCAGGCCAGCCUGUGGCUCUACCUGAAGCUGCUGCCCUACGUGCUGGAGAAGGGCACUCGGCGGAAGGUGCGCGUCAAGGUGUACUUCCAGGAGCAGGGCCACGGCGACCGGUGGAACGUGGUGGAGAAGAAGGUGGACCUCAAGCGCAGCGGCUGGCACACCUUCCCGCUCACCGAGGCCAUCCAGGCCCUGUUCGAGCGGGGCGAGCGGCGGCUUAGCCUGGACGUGCAGUGUGAGGGCUGCCAGGAGCUGGCCGUGGUGCCCGUGUUCGUGGACCCGGGGGAGGAGUCUCACCGGCCCUUUGUGGUGGUGCAGGCGCGGCUGGGCGACAGCAGGCACCGCAUUCGCAAGCGGGGGCUGGAGUGCGACGGCCGGACCAACCUCUGUUGCCGGCAGCAGUUCUUCAUCGACUUCCGCCUCAUCGGCUGGAAUGACUGGAUCAUCGCACCCACCGGCUACUAUGGGAACUACUGUGAGGGCAGCUGCCCCGCCUACCUCGCGGGCGUCCCCGGCUCUGCCUCCUCCUUCCACACGGCUGUGGUGAACCAGUACCGCAUGCGGGGGCUGAACCCCGGCACGGUGAACUCCUGCUGCAUCCCCACCAAACUGAGCACCAUGUCCAUGCUGUACUUCGACGACGAGUACAACAUCGUCAAGCGGGACGUGCCCAACAUGAUUGUGGAGGAGUGUGGCUGUGCCUGACGCUGGCCACGGGCUGCGGCGGCGGUGGGGUGCGGGGACAGUCCCGGAGAGGCUUCUUCCCGCUGCUCCGACGACGACGGGAAUGGGGCAUGCGGCAGGGCUGAGUGGGGCCGGGGAGAGGACUGAGCUAUUUUCCCUCCGACUUCCUCAAGCAGAUCAGUCGGGACCUGAUGGGGAACCCUCCAGCGACACGACGUCCUUGCAAACGCACACGUAGACACGCACAGCCAGACGCAUCCUGCCACCCACACAGCAGCCUCUGGGGUACCGGCAGCAGGUGGGUGUGGUGACAAGAGGCAGCUCAGCUACCAGUGCCCGUCAAGCGGGAGAGAAUGGGGUGAGCGGCCCCCAUCCCACCAGCUGGCCCGGAACCACUCUGCAUCGCGCCUUCCUGCACACAUCAAAGCACAAAGACAGAGACACAGAGCGCACGGGAGCCACCGAGGGGGAGAGGAGAUUCGGGCUGGUGUGGGGUCGGCAGGUCAAGGACCUCAUGUCGCCCUUGGCCUUGCGCAAGGCCUGCAGUGCCUCAGCAUCUCCUGACUUCGAUGUGGCCCGGGAUUCCCCGCCUGGGAUCCUUGAGGGGUCUCUGCGGAGCCUGCCCUUGGCCCCCCUCACCUCGGGAAAGAGGCCCAGAAGGGACCCAAGCUGCCGGCCCCUGGAGCAGUGGCCAUGACCGUUUGACUGUUGCUGGGGUCCCAGGCAUGACUUUUGUGUUUGUUUUUUGGGGGGCGGGGAGGGAGCGGAGAAGGGUCUUCAUCUGAUGCUUUAACCGAUCACUAGCAGUUGACAGGUCGUCAUUCCAGUUGUAUAAAUGAGAAGGGACUUUGCUACCAGGGGUGACCUUUCACGUUAAAAUGGGAAUGGUUUUGAACGGGAGGGAGAAUGUCGCCAUCUGUGUCCUUGGCUGGGGAUUUUCUUCCUUGAGGGUGGGGGUGGGGUGGGUGGGGAAAUGGCCCCCCCCUGAAAGGGGAAGAGGAGCCCGGAACAGGAAGUGGUGGAGGCAUUAUGGAAAUAUUGAGGGGUGGGGUGCCCCCUCAGCAAGGGUCCAGAGAGGGGAGCAGCUUAGCCUGCCUUGGGGAGAGGGGGAUGCUUUCCGCUGCUUGGUAGAGGUGGCCCGUGUGGAGCCCAGGCCUCGGGCCGACCACAGCUGUGGCCUCUCCCGACUCUCCUGCCCACCCGCCCCUGGCCCUUGACCCGCUGCCUGAACGCACAUGAUCUCGCACUUGUCCAUCCGCGUAUGUCCAGAAGGGCCCUUGGCAGAGCGCCUGCUGCCCCGACAUCCCAGUGCCACGGGAACUAUGCAAUUUAAAGGGUUGACCCACACUAGCUGAAACUGGACUCGUACGACUCUUUUUAUAUUUUUUAUACUUGAAAUGAAAUCCUUUGCUUCUUUUUUAAGCGAAUGAUUGCUUUUAAUGUUUGCACUGAUUUAGUUGCAUGAUUAGUCAGAAACUGCCAUUUGAAAAAAGAAGUUAUUUUUAUAGCAGCAAAAAAAAAUACAGUUAAAUGUAUUAUACAUAAUUUUGGAACCAAAGAGGCCAGCAGAUCAGUUUUAAUUUUUAUUAGAUGGUGAGGCCAUCUUUAUGAGGUAGACAUUCUGAACAAUCCCUUGAGUGGCCUGCCAACGUUUCAGGGUAUAAAUGGAUUUUGUUUAUUCAGUUCGAUGUGUCUUUUCUAUCCUCACACACCCAGAAGGUAGAGUAAAAAGGACUGGUAGAAUGCAGGUGUGUAUCCUUAAAUCCCCAUCUUUAUGUUUAUUUAAUAAAGCUCCCCCUUAGGUUCUGUUUCAUAAUAAUUUAAAACCAAACAUUUUUUCCCAUAGACUUGCUGUUAAAGUAUUUUACAUUUGUGUACAGUUUAAGAAAAUAAAAGAUUGGGUGCCAUGGG